AUGGCAUCAGUCCACUAUAAAAGUCCAACGGCAAUAGAUCGUUUACAAAACGAUGUUCAAGAAGUGACAGUAAUUAUCAAAGAUAAUUUAGAAAAAGUGAUAGAUCGUGAUAGCGCACUUACACAGUUACAUGGUCGAGCAGAAGAACUCGAUGAACAUGCGUCACAAUUUAAAAUUCAUGCUAAGCAAAUAGAACGAAAAUUUUGGUGGAAAAAUGUAAAAAUGUGGAUUCUAAUAAUCAUUAUUGUUAUCACUUUAAUUGUUAUUAUUGUUACUUCCAGUCCAUUGAUUCAAUUGCGUGAAUUACCAAAAACAUAUCAUGUACAAGGAAUUAUUCAGUUACCAUACGCUGAAAUAAAUGAACCGUUUGAGGCUUGGAUUGAUAGUACCAUAGGAUAUUCAAGAAUUGAUUAUUAUAAAGGUGCUGCCACAACAAUACAAAAAAAAGGUCAAGGUGAUGGAGAUUUUGGAAUUAAUUAUAAAAUUGUACCCAUGUCUGAUGAGGAAGUGUUGAAUAAAAUAAGUUGUUUUCAAGCAAAUGGUACUGAAGAAGAUGUAGUUGAUAUACAACAGGGAUUGCCAGAUGUUGACACAUUUGAAUAUAUAGGUUUAGCUGAAUGGCGUGGUGUUCAGUGUAAAAUGUAUCAAUUGAUAGAUCAAACAGGUGAUAAACGUAGUACUUAUACGUAUUAUUUAAAUGCUGAAAAUAAUCACCCUGUUCAUUAUGAAAUGUUUGGAUAUGAUACAUUGAUCGGAUCACAUUUUGAUAAAUAUUACAUUGACUAUUUUAAUUAUGAUGAAAACAAAAUUGAUGAAAAAAUAUUUCUAAUUACCGAUAGUAUGCAAUGUGGAGGAUUUCCUGGUCCAGGUGAUGAACAUCGUGUAUUAUUUAAUCCCAUGUCAGAAUAUAUAAAUCAUCAUGACUCGCAAGAUGACCAUGUUGUACAAUCCUUUAAUAAGUUUAAAAAACAUCAUAAUAAAAAAUAUGUCAAUGCUAAAAAUCGUGCUGGUUUAACGUACAAAAUGCGUAUAAAUCAUUUGGCCGAUCGUACAGAUGAUGAAUUAAAAGUAUUAAGAGGAAGACGUCAUUCAGAAGGUUACAAUGGUGGAUUACCAUUUGAAAAGAACUUAAUGAAUGUUAAAGAUAUUCCACAAUCUAUUGAUUGGCGCAUUAUGGGUGCAGUAACACCAGUGAAAGAUCAAGGAAUUUGUGGUUCUUGUUGGAGUUUUGGUACAACGGGAACGUUAGAAGGUUCUUAUUUUAUUAAAAAUGGUAUGAUAAUUGAUUUAUCGGAACAAGAUCUUGUCGAUUGUUCAUGGGGAUUUGGCAAUAACGGUUGUGACGGUGGUGAAGAAUUUAGAGCUUAUCAAUAUAUUAUGAAACAUAAAGGAAUUGCAUUAGAAGAUUCAUAUGGACCCUAUUUACAGGAAGAUGGUUUCUGUCAUCAUGAUAAUGCAACAAAAGGUUUACAAGUCUUGGGUUAUGUGAACAUAACUCAAGGUGACGAAGAUGCUCUACUAAUAGCAAUUGCAAACAAAGGACCUGUCUCAGUUGGUAUUGAUGCGGCUCACAAAUCGUUUCUAUUUUAUUCAUCGGGUGUAUUUUAUGAACCAGAUUGUGGUAGUACACCAGAAGCAUUAGAUCAUGCCGUAUUAGCCGUUGGUUAUGGAACAUUGAAUGGCGAAGAUUACUGGCUUGUUAAAAACUCAUGGAGUACAUACUGGGGCAAUGAUGUUAUAUUAUUAAUGUCAAUGAUUAAUGCGGACAAUCUUCAAGAUGGCCAAAUUCAGCGAAAAUUACAAUCGAAAGAACUUAUUUUGAUCAAAAAUGAAAAAAAUCGUGUUAGAGCCGAUAUGGUACAGAAUAGUCCCAGCCCAUUUGAAGUUGGUCGCGCUUUCGUUCAUCAAUAUUACACGUUACUUCAUCAAGCUCCUCAUUUGUUACACCGAUUUUAUUCUACGGAUAGUACAUUUAUUCACGGUGGUGUUGAUCGACCGGGAAAUGUUGAACAACCAGCUGUGGGUCCACAAGAUAUAUCACGAAGAAUAACAGAUUUAAAUUUAAGAGAUUGUCAUGCCAAAAUCAGACAAGUUGAUUCACAUCCAACAAUUGGAGAUGGGGUCGUUGUUCAGGUUACUGGAGAAUUAUCGAAUGGUGGUGAACCGAUGCGUCGUUUCAUGCAAACAUUUGUAUUAGCUCCACGUUCGCCAAAAAAAUAUUAUGUUCAAAAUGACAUAUUUCGUUAUCAAGACGAAGUUUUUGAUGAUCAAUCGGAUGAUGACAGAGAAUCAACAAAUUUUGGUGAAAAUUCUAUAACAGACAAAGUAUCAAUAGCUGGUUCUACCCAUAUGCAGACAGCUAUACCACAACCACAACAACAAACGUCACAGCAAGAUCAACAACCACCCACGUCGUCAUCAACAGGAGCUCAUCAAGUUUUGUCACCUCGAACACAACAAUCGUCGACAUCCUCUUAUCCUGGUACCACACAAACAGCUGCCACCGAGUCCUUACCUCCAAGAGAAACUACACAACAUCAAGGUGAAAAUGUUAACAAUAAUACCGGUGAUUCAAAUGUUGUUAAUGGUUUACCUAGUGGUGAAGAAGGCUCGAGUGGUGUUGAUGAUCAUCAUCCAACAGCAGAUAUUCUCAAUCAGGACCAUCAAUCAGGAGCUCAAGAACAACAGCAUAAGGAUAAUACACAACAAAAUAUUCCGGACACGUCAUCAGUAUCGGCAACAACUAGUCAACAGCAACAACAACAACAAAAAACGUCAAAUAUACCAGAAUCACAUACAUCUUAUGCCGGCGUUGUAACAAAAUUAAACCCUGCCUCAUCCUCAACAACAUCAAACGUCAUGCCUUCACGUACACAACAAGCUAAUGUUCCAUCCUCAUCUUCUACCGGUGCUCGUCCUACCACGCAACCCAACCAACAACAACUAUCACAACAACCAUCGUCAAAAGGUCAACAAAAUUCAGGCAGUGGUAAUACUGGUAUGACUCGUUCGUCGACGACAAUUCCUACGUUAAAUCAACAACAAACACGACGUGGAAAUGAUUACGGUAGUGGUAGUGGACGAAAUUUCUAUUCGCCCCGCCCAGGUCAGCAAAUUGGUCGAUGGUCAGGUGAUGGACAAGAUGACAGUCCGGAUAGACGAGGUGGUGGUGGCGGAGGAAAUCGACGAACAUUAACCCCUAACGAAAAUCAAGUUUUUGUCGGUUCAUUACCAGGCGAUUUUACAGCCGAUAUUCUAAGAGACUUUUUUAGUGGAUAUGGGCCAGUUGUUGACGUUAGAAUAUUUUCACCACAAAAUGCUGACAAAAAAAAUUUUGGUUUUGUCGUCUUUGAAGAUUCAAAACCGGCUCAGAAAGUUUUGGAACAACAACAUGUCACAUGUAAUGGUUAUCGUUUAAAUGUUGAAGAGAAAACACAAAAAAAAUCAACAAAUCAAUUUGCUGGUACACGUAUUGGACGAAAUCGACCAUCAUUUCGUGGAUCAGCCACGGGUACCGGUACAUUAGGACGAAAUAACAAUACAAAUAUAAAUUCAACAAGAGUGAGUGGUGGAAAUUUGAAAAAUGGAACAGGAGGACCAAAUUCAGUAGGACAACAAAAUGAUGAAAAUUUAUCAGACACUUAUAACGAUCAACAAUAUCGAAAAUAG